AUGCCACCGAGAAGGAAGAACAAUAAGGGAGAUGUGGAAGCUAAGGUGAACUUGUUGGAGGCAGAUUUGAAUGCUCUCAAAAUCACAGUUGGUGGCAACUGGGGAAAAGACGAGUCUAGUGGCAUGGAGGAUGAAGGAGGACUGAAGAAGAAAAUUGUUUCCCUAAAGAAAUCCUCCAUGGGGAAAAGGAUCAUCCGGUUUAAAAAUGAAGAAGUUGAAAGGACCAAGAUAGUUGAUUGGGCGAAGUAG